AUGUCAAAUUCAAUUUUCAUUACCGGUGGAUCAGGAUACAUUGGUCAACAUAUAAUCGAUCAAUUAAUCAACGAUGGGAAUAAAGUAAUAGCAAUAGUUAGAUCAGAAACCCUGGGUAAAAAAUUACAAUCAUUGUUCUCUUCAAGUUUAACAACUGAAAUAAUUCCAGAUUUACUUGCUUCUUAUUCUUUAAAAUCAUUAUUUGAAAAGUAUCCAAAUGUGACUACAUUCAUCAACACUGCCGCAAUUAUAAAUUUCACAAGUCAAGAUUUAGAAUAUGAAGUAAUUAAUCCAAAUAUCAACUUGAUUAAGAAUAUAUUAACUCAAAUCAAAACCUCAAAUAUCAAUAAAGUAAUCCUUACUUCUUCAUCUGCUGCUAUGGUUGGUCCAGAUAAGGCAUUUGGAAUCAGUGGAGAUUAUUCAGAUUCAGAUUGGAGUCCAUUAAAUUUCGAAAUGGGUAAAAUUAAUGCCAAUAUGGCUUAUUUUGCAAGUAAGAAAUUUACAGAAGAAGAAGCUUGGAAAAUUGCAAAAGAUGCCAAAUUUGAUUUAAUUUCAAUUUGUCCUGCUCUUGUCCUUGGACCAAAAUUUGAUGCAAAUGAAGAAGGAACACCUUCUACAACUUCAAUCAUUGCUGAAAUCUUAAAAUUAAAUAAAGAUGAUUCAAUUCCUGAAUUUGCUGCUGGUGCAGUUGACGUUAGAGAUGUUGCCAAGAUUCAUUCAUUAGCAAUUAAAGAUGGUGAUUUUAAAGGUAAUCGUGUUUUACUUGAAGUUGGCAAGGCGAUUAAUCAAAAUAUGAUUAAUGUAAUCAAAGCUAAUUUUAAAGAAUUGAAAGAUAAAUUACCUGAUUGUGAAUCAGUUCCAGAAAACUACAUAGGAAAACCUAAUGAUGAAAAAAGUAAAAAGAUAUAUAAAAUUCAAUUAAGAAGUAUUGAUGAAUCAGUUAAAGAUUUAGUAUCACAAUUAAUUGAAAAAAAAUAA